AUGCCGGCCCUCCCGCGCCCAGCACGAUGCCGCCGCCGCCGCACCCACGAACACACAUCAUACAUGGCGCACGCUGGUGAAAUGGCGUCCUUCUACGACGCCUGGGUGGGCCGCGAGGAGGAGAUGGUGUCCGACCUCACGGCCGCGCUCGGGGCGCGCCGGCGCGACGCGCUGGCGCCGCUCGUGGACGCCGCCAUGGACCACGUGGCCGCCUACUACGAGCACAAGGCGAGCCUCGCCGACCGCGACGUGGUGGCGGCGCUGGACCAGCGCUGGCUCAACCCGCUGGAGCGCACCUUCCUGUGGGCGUGGGGGUGGAGGCCCGCGCUGGUGUUCCGCUUCGUGGACGGCUCCGGCGCCGUGGGCCCGCGCCAGCGCCGCGAGCUGGAGGACCUGCGCGCGGCCACGGCGGCGGCCGAGAAGGAGGUGGACCGGGAGGUGGCGGCCGUGCAGGAGUCCCUGGCGGGGCCGCGCGUGCUGGAGGCGCUGCGCCAGCGCCGGCAGCACCCGCGCAACGGCGUACAGGCCGACGAGGCCGUGGCCGCGGUGGGGCGGUCGCUCCGCGUGCUGCUGGCCGCGGGCGACGCGCUCCGCGAGCGCACUGUGCGCGGCGUCGUCGGGGUGCUGGCCCCGGACGCGGAGCAGGCGGGCGCGUUCGUCGCGGCCAUGCUGAGGUUCCACCUCGGCGUCCACCGCGCCGGGCGCGCCUGGAGCUCCUCCGGCCGCGGCGGCGGCCGGCGGGGCCUCUAG